AAGUACGAAUUUCCAAAUAAUAAUACACAAUGGAAUCAGAAGAUUGGUGUGCCGUGCUAAUUGAUAAUAUCGACAAUUUCUUCAAGACACUUGAUGAUAAAAUUGAAAAAGAACAGCAACAAUUAAAGGCUAGCCGAAUGAAAACUGAACUAGAGACGAAAUUAGCCCAAGAAACGAAAGUACACAAUGAAUUGAGUGAACGUCUGGCAGAGCUGUCCCGGCGUUCAGGAGAGCUUGAUAAUGUUUGUGCCAGCCUUCAAUCUUGUCUCACCAUAGCUGAUAGCGAUAAGAACAGACUGGAAAAUGCCAAAGAAACAUAUCAACUAGUGAAAGAGUUGACAGGUGUCAGACUGGAUUUUAGUGCACCCCCAAAUAUUUCCAAAGGAUAUAUAAAAAACGAGUCUCGUAAGGUUUUGCAACCCUUCGAAGUGGACUCUGCCGACAGCAAUGCCCUGUGGAACCUCAUACAAAGCGUGUCCGGGGACUGGAGUGACAAAGAGAACAAACCGAGGAACUGA